AUGCCUGAGACUAUAGAAGUUAUAUUGAAUGAUAGGUUGGGAAGGAAAAUUAGCGUAAAAUGUAAUACUGAUGAUACGAUACUUGAUUUGAAGAAGUUGGUGGCAGCGCAAACUGGAACUAGGGCUGAUAAAAUUCGCAUACAAAAGUGGUAUAACGUAUAUAAAGAUCAUAUCACUCUAGCAGAUUAUGAAAUAAAGAAUGGCAUGGGCUUAGAGUUAUUCUACAAUUAG